AUGGAUUUUGUCAACAAGUUUACCGGCAGGGAGCAGCAGCAGCAGCAGCCGCCAAAGGAAUCAUUAUCAGACAAGAAAGAGGGUGGGGGAUUCUUCUCAGGCAUUGGAGAUAGGAUGAACACCGCUGCGGGUGGUGGCAAAGAGAGCGAGAAAAAUGAAGAUAUGCUUGACAAAGGCAUCGAUUUCGUUCAGGAACACAUACUGGGUCAGGGUCCGCAGAACAACGAGAGCGCGCUCGAACAGGCCAAGGAUGAGAAGAUCUCGGACUUUAUCCGCGGCCAGUAUAAAAGCACUACCGGAAAGGAGCUUCCAAUCAGGGAUAAGGAGACGAGGUUUGGCUGA